AUGCCAAUGGAGGCGAAUGGAGACUUGGAGGACAAUGGCUACCUCUUUCAUGAACCCAACCGACAAGAGCCAUUCCUUCGACACCCGCUCGGUCAAAGUCGGCCUGAUGGACAGGGUAGUGAAGAUCCAGAAAAUAUAUUGCGUGACACCCAAAAGCUCAUUGAGAAUAACAUCGAGACUCUAGACUACCUGCGUGGAAUAAGUCGCUUGGAGAGGGACUUUGUGCAUUUAGCAGAUAAGGUGGUCCAAACCUCCCUCUAUUUGUCUCACGACUGCAGAAACAUCAACCGAGAAGCACUUGACUCCACGCAACUCAGUGAGGAGGUGGACAACUCCUGGGAGCAAAUAACACAUUUGGAGCAUAUGCUGCAGACGCAUGUCAAACACGCCAAACGCUAUCAUCUGUUCCACUUGGAGAUUGAAAACCUCACUCGUCGAUUGAAUGAGCUGGAGGCCCAUGUGGAAGAUCUACCCAUCAAUCAAGCAGCCACGGAGGCAGCUAUUAAUAAUUUCGCCGCGGAAAUUCAGCAGUCUCUAGAGACCCUAGUAGAGGCCUUCGUGACCUGGCAAAAGGUCAACCAACGACUGGACAUUGUGAGUCCCCUUCAUCGUCGAUUGCCCCUACCUCGCGGUCUCCACAGCGGGGUACUAAUGGCCUCCAUUAGCCUAUCAUCCGCCAACGGGAAAGUUGGACGCCUCCUUCGUGCAGGCACACGUGUCCACGUGCGUGCCAACCGUCCAGCUGACUUGAUGCAUAGAGAAUGGUUCCUAGUUGAUCGAUCAAAGGGCAAGGAACCGGGAGGUCUGGUAAUUGCCUCUGUUCCCUCCGCCUUUGUGUGGUUGGACUCACCUGAAACAUCACCGGAAAGGGUGGUGGUUGGCGACGAGGUGGUGAGAAGGAAGGUGGAAGUUCGAAGGAGCCAGUCAGCGUCAGCGAUACCACAGGGACCAAAUAAUGUAGGAAUGGUCGAAGACCUGCGAAAACACCUCUUUGAAGUGUGGGAAAAGGCCUGUUCAAGAUUUGACCAAAUUCUGCGAGCAACGAGCACCUCAUUGCUCACGAACGCACUCACCGAUUCACAGACGGCAUUGAGUGCAGAGGAGCUGGCACGCUUUGACAAGGCGCUACAAAGGGUAUCGAAAUUUAUCAAAAUUUUUGAGUUCACCCAAGCGGAGAGGUCGGAGAGCUUGGCGCAUCUCCUCGACGACAUGAAAUUGCGACGUGAUGGUGGGUUCGCAAAUGUCGAUGUCAACGCCUUGGACGCUCUCGUUCAAGCUAUCGAUAUUUUCGAGGAAAUGGUUGUCUGUUAUCAGCGCUAUUGCUCCUUGAAAACCUUAGAAACUCUCUCGAAAGAGGAGGUUGAAAAGAGCUGGUAUGAGACCUCGGAAAAACUGGACAAUACGUCAAAAGGCUCAACCGAGUCCCUCCAAGCAAGUAUAGUACCUCUGCUCCAAUCUCAACCACCUGUCCAUGCGAGUCCAGUCAACGCGAAAGUGUCACAUAAGACUUCCUCAAGGGCUUCAGAUUCUACUAAAUCACCCAAGACAGCUCACCCCAAAUAUAGACACAGAUCUCUCCUUGUCGAUGGUCCUGAUGUUGAGAACGGUUGUCCCUAUUCACCGGCUUCAUCAAGUGGAUAUGGAGAACACAGUGUUUCAUGGAUUUCCCGACCUUCGAAGACUGAUAAAGGCAACCAAGCGACGAGAUCCCCCUCAAGGGGUCGAAAGCGUGAUCGGUUCUAUCGCUUUCUACCUAUCCUAAUACGUCGUCACACACAAAGCAAGAAGAAGGCCAAAGUCCUGGGCGAUGGAGAAAUGGGGUUUUCUGACAACGAAGCGAGUCUUCUGAGAUCGCGUAUUCCAUCUGCUUCAUCGAAGAGGCUUCACCGUCCCUAUGAAAGUCUAACUCUAGAUCGGGUAAACUAUACGAAGAAAUCAGACUUAGCCAAGUUGCAUCGAACGCCUUUACUCCUGUCCACCUCUGCAUUAUUGAAUUUUGAGGAUAGAGAUGCUACGCCUACGGGGACUUCAACACUUCGUCGACAUCCACAUUGGCGUGGAAAUGGAUCGCCACAAAGACCUUCACUCCUCUACUCCGUCGCUUGCCAGAAUGGUGUUUGUGUGAGUUGCAAGAUGACCGAGAUGGAACACCCGGUAAAUGAAGAGUUCAUUACCCGCAAAUACGGCAAAAAAAUGCAAGUUGGGAGAUCAUUCACCACCCCAAACCUUGAUGUGGAGGGGGAAAAGCAGGCAAAAGAUGAAAAAGUAAAGGAAAUGGUAGAGAAGGAUUAUGUUCAAGGCCCACAUGUUUACGCAAACAUCGAUCCACAGAGCGUCUAUUCCCUGGAACAACCCAUUCCUGAAGUUGCUCUCUAUGACAUUGGAGUUCAGGCUGAUCUUCCAAAUCGAUUGAGAGGUCUUAGAUGUCGCUUAGAAUUUGAGCGGCCAGGUGUGGAGCUAGGCGACAAAGGUCAACUCUCCUGUGAGGCUUUUAAGGAACGAUUUGAUACACUGAGUUUUAAGAAUGUGGGAGGAGGAGACGGAGGAGGAGAAGGAGAAAAAGCAGAUAGAGACUUCAAAACGUUGAGCUUUCGUGUGGCAUUCAACAAUAAGCCAGCAAGUUCUAUUAUCGUCUCCGACAAAAUAUGGUAUAAUGUGAGUUAG